UUAUAGCGGGACUACGAGACUGCAGCUGGGCAUUCUAACACUGGGGGGAAUUGACUUGGUGUCACUGACAUCCCCAGUGACACCAAUACAGUGAUCAGUGCUAAUAAAAAGCAUCAACACUGUACUAAUGGCACUGGGCAGGAAGGGGUUAACAUGUGGGGCAAUCAAAUGGUUAACUAUGUGCUAAGUGUGUUUUACUAUGGGGCUGUGUCUGUGUGCUUCACUGUAAGCACACUGCUUUCCAUGGCUAUGCUGUGCACAGCCAUUCAAAGCAGUGUGCGCAAGCUGACAGGGAGGAGAACUGUAUUGUUUACAUACAUGCACCCCCUACCCAGAAAUGCAAAAUCA